AUGCAGGUAGGGCAGCCGAGGCCCCGCCGCCACCAUCCUUGGCACCCUGGGCUUGCCCGGCGGCUGCCACAGGCGGCGGCGAGGAGAUGGGGCAAGAACCCAAAACACAGCUUAUUAGCUUAUUUGUUUGCUUUUACAUUGUUGCUUCAUGUGACUGAUCAUAUCGUUGGUUGGUUGGUUGCAGGAUCCGGUGUCUUUGGACACCUGUCAGAUUCUUUUUUAGGUCGGAAAGGUUCCCUCCAGUUAGUGUGCUUCCUUAGUGGAGGCUUCGGCCUUCUCACCUCGCUCUCCCCCAACUAUUGGGUCUAUGCGGCCUUCCGCCUACUCACGGGCUUUAGUGCCGGAAGCAUUUGCUUUUGCUCCUUCGUCCUUGCCACGGAACCUAUUGGGCCAUCCUAUCGAGGCGUCGUUGGCACAUCCACUUGCUAUUUCUUCUCCGGCGGUAUUGCGGCCCUUGCUGGCAUCACAGCAUUGUUCCAGUCCUCUUGGCGCAUCCUUUACAUUAUCACCUCUCUGCCAUCCCUCGCAUUCAUGCUCAUCGCCAUGCCAUUCGUCUCUGAGUCCCCGCGUUGGUACCUCGUGCGUUGCCGGAUGGAUGAUGCGAUGCGUGUCCUACGAGACAUAGCAUCCACCAAUGGCAAGAGCAUCCCACAUUGCGUGGGGCUCAUGCUCGACGAUGAGGACGACAUCGCCAAGAAGGUUGUGGAGACGUCGUCGGUCUUAGAUGUGUUUCGGUCGCAGACAAUGCGGGCUAGGCUCGUGCUCUUAGUUAUCAUCACCUUUCUUUGCUCAGUGGUGUACUUUGGGUUGACCCUCAAUGUGGUCAACCUAAAGAUCAACCUUUACAUCAGUGUGGUUGUUAACUCUCUCGCUGAGAUGCCUGCAUACCUAGUCACUGCGGUGCUCCUUCAACACUUCGGCCGAAAGCCACUCACAAUUGGCUCGAUGCUUCUCAGCGGCGUCUUCUGCACAACUGAUAGUCUUAUUCCCGACUUCGGUGCCAUGAGGGUAGCGAGGAUGGCAUGUGGGGUGGUCGGGAUCUUUGGAAUGGCGGGAACAUACAACCUAUUGCUCGUAUAUGCGUCAGAGUUGUUCCCAACGGUGGUGCGUACCAUCGCACUGGGGUGCAAGGCACAGGGGUCACAAAUGGGGGCCAUACUAGCGCCCAUAGUGGUGUUGCUUGGCGAGCGGGUGCCAUUCGUGGUGUUCGGCGUGUUGGCCAUCAUCGGUGGGCUACUGGUGUUCUGCCUCCCGGAGACUAUGAAUAAGCCUUUGUAUGACACCAUGGCUGGUAUGGAGAAAGGGGAGAGAUCAACAAAAGGGGGAGAUGAAGUUGCAACUAGUAACUCCCUAAUCUAAUCACUUAGGCUAAAAGCAUUGGCGCACUGAAAUAUCAUUGUUGCCCAUAAAACAAUGUUGCACAAAAGAGCGAAUCACACAAAUUGGAUUGUCUACUUGUUUUAUCUUGGGAAAUGUCUAUACAUUGUUUCGUUUCUUGAUAAAUCAUAUAUUUUGUAAGUCUAAAUUAUUUCAGAAUCGAUGACCCACACAUAUCCAUGCAUUGAUUUUUUUCAGUGUAAAAUACGUGUUGCAAAUAUAAGAUGAAUUGUGGUAUAUUGUGUUGCAACUAAGUGUCGAUCCUGCAGCCCAAAACCCAUGGGGGUCACAAAAUAAUUGUCGCACGAGGUCAAAUGAUGACAUCUUUGGCCCAUGGUAAGGGUGAUGUCACACUAACUAGGACGAUUUAUAUUCAUAUAUGUUUGCGUAUGUGUUUUUUAAAGUGUUCGUGCAUUCGACACACAAGGAAUCAGACCCCUGGUUUGAUGCUUUGGUGUCUCAUCGAUGCGAACUAUUCUUUUAGUUGGAAGCGACGUUCUAGUCAAUAGUGAGACGUCAAUGGUGAUUUCAUCAAUCUUGUAGCUCUGCAGUUUCG